AUGGCAAACCUAUUAAAACCAACUACUCAAACACCUUUUUUUCAUGAUGAAUACAGUAAUUGUAAUGAAAAAAAAACAACCUCCUCCGAUAAUAAUCAUGAAUUUAAAUUAGAGUGCAAAGAAGAAAACAUUGAAACCAAUGAAGAAAACAAUAACAAAAAUAAGAAGGAUAAUUAUGACGUUAAAAUAAAAAUAUCUAGCGAACCACAAAAAUUUAAUAAAUGUCAUCGAUUAAAAAUACCAUCAUUUAAUGAUCAUAUUAUUGAUGAAAAUGAAGAAGAUGCAAAUAAAGAAAAAAUUAAAAAAGAAAGAUUAAAUAUGGUUGAAACAUAUCUUAAUUUACAAGAAAGUCAAACAUUAUUAGUUGGUGAAAAUGGUAUCGGAAAGAUGUUUGAAAAUCGUUUUCGAAGUAUUAGGGAUAGAAAAGCUGCAAAACCAACAUGGAAAGGAAGAAUAUAUAAUUUUUUGGAAAGACCAACAGGAUGGUUAUGUUUUACUUACCAUUUUUUAGUAUUUCUAUUGGUACUUAUAUGUUUGAUAUUAAGUGUUUUAUCAACUGUUGAAAAUUAUACAAAACAAUCUGGAGAAAUAUUAUUUAUUAUGGAAUUACUUUUAGUAAUAUUUUUUGGUUCAGAAUAUAUUGUAAGAUUAUGGUCAGCUGGAUGUCGUUCCAAGUACAUGGGUCUUACAGGUCGUUUAAAAUUUGCCCGAAAACCAAUUUCACUUAUAGAUUUGAGUGUUGUAUUAGCAAGUAUUUUUGUAAUUGUGGUUGGUAGUGAAGGUAAAGUAUUUGCAACUAGUGCUAUUAGAGGAGUAAGAUUUUUACAAAUCCUUAGAAUGCUUCAUGUUGAUAGACAAGGUGGAACAUGGAGAUUACUUGGAUCUGUUGUAUUUAUUCAUCGACAAGAGCUUAUAACAACAUUAUAUAUUGGUUUUUUGGGACUUAUUUUUUCUUCUUAUUUUGUUUAUUUGGCAGAAAAAGAACAAAUAACACCUGAUGGAAAAACAACAUUUACAAGUUACGCUGAUGCAUUAUGGUGGGGUGUUAUAACAAUGACAACUAUUGGUUAUGGUGAUGUUGUACCACAAACAUGGUUAGGUAGAGUUGUUGCAUCAUGUUUUGCAAUUUUUGCAAUAUCAUUUUUUGCUUUACCAGCUGGAAUCUUAGGAUCAGGGUUUGCUCUAAAAGUACAACAAAAACAACGUCAAAAACAUUUUAAUAGGCAAAUUCCAGCAGCAGCAACAUUAAUACAAUGUUCUUGGAGAUGUUAUGCUGCUGACAAACAGUCGCAAUUAAAAGCUACAUGGCAAGUUCAUAUUGAUCCUAUUGGUCAAAAAAAGAAAGAUAUUAUAAAUAAUGGUAGAAAAAUGAAUAAUGGUAAAAGAGGUGGCAGAAAACAAAGUAAUUUUUUUAAAAAAAGUGGAACUAAUAUGAUUACUUCACAAAAACAUCAAUCAAAUGAAUGUAUUAAUAAUAUUAUAAAUACUACAAAUUUUAAUAUAAUUAAUAAUAAUAAUAAGGAUAAACGAAAUUUUUCUCUUGUUCCUAAAAAAAAAUUAAGUUCAUUGGAUAACAAAAAUGAAGAAUUUGAAGGUGAAGGUGAAGAGAAUAAUGAUUUACAAUCAUUGACGACAUUUCGUCAUAUUAAUGAAUUAACUGAAGCACAUAAAAAUGCCAUUAGAGCUAUUCGUAAAAUUAAAUAUUUUGUUGCAAGACGCCAAUUCCAACAAGCUAGAAAACCUUAUGAUGUAAGAGAUGUAAUAGAACAAUAUUCACAAGGACAUUUAAAUAUGAUGGUUAGAAUUAAAGAACUUCAAAGACGUCUUGACCAAACAUUAGGAAAACCUGGACAGCAUUAUGGAAGGAAAUCUCAACCAAUGACAAUAGGAAAUCGUCUUUCAAAAGUUGAAUUACAGUUAAAUACUGUAGACCAUAAGAUAGAUAAAAGUUAUAAGAUAAUGGAAAAUAUUUUAAAAUUACUUCAACAAGAUUUUUUACAAAAAAAUCUUCUGUUACCACUACCAAAUUUUACAACAGAACCUAGUAUUUCAUCAUCAAUAUCAAUAAGAAAUGAUGAAAUGGCAAAUGAAAUAAAAACUGACUAUCAAUCAAUGAUAAGUCUUUUAACUCCAAGUAAUCCUUCUAGAAGAGAAUCAUUUGAAGAGGAAGAAUCAUCUACAUCAAAAGAUAUGUCACAAACUUACUCACCGGAUGAAUUUUUAAAAACAUCGCGUGACAAAGAUAUUUCUAACAAAUAUAGAGAAAGAUUACACAGUGAAUAA